AUGAACAACUUUGAUGAAGAUUCCAAUCCCAAUUCCGCAGGUCUAAUUAACAAAUUAGCUAGUGGAACUAAAAAUGUAGUAACAGGAACAGUCAAUUCUGUUGGAUACGGUAUAUGGUGGGCUGGCUCAGGUUUAGUUAAUGCUAGUGGCAACCUUCUUCAUCUGGGAAAAAGCGGCUUUAGCAAACCUCCUAAAGCUCAAGAAAAUAAUGAACUCAAAGGAUAAUAAUUGGUAAACAUCAAUAAAUGAUUAUUAUGAGAUUUAUACUAUAAAUUAUAUUCCUUCUCCAAUA